AUUUCCCUAUUUUGUUCUUUGAAGUUUUUGUUCUUCACAAAGACCCAAUUUUUAGACCUUUUUUUCCAGUUUUUGGAGACGAAACAAUGGCUGGAGCAGCAGCACAUAUCAUGAAGAGAAUCCCACGCAUCAAAUUUCCUCAACGACACUCAAAAAUUUCUUCUGGUUCCACGCAGCAGAACUCACAACAUAUGAAAACUUCCGCAACUGAUAAUGUUCCUCAAACAUUCUUCUCAAGAUCCCCAUCUAGCAUGUCUGUUGCAGGGAAGGCUUCUGACCAACCUAAAAGAACACCGGUGUCUCAGGAGGAAAUUGAGUCCAUUUUGUUGGGUGGCUGCAACUAAUUUUGACGCGAAGAUGUGCAGACAGAGGACAUAGUUUUCGACAUCUGGCUUACAUUUGGGUGAUUUCUUUUGCAUGUAUGGUGUAACUGACACAGUUUUCUGGAAUUAUAAGUGUAUUUUGCAAAUGACGUCUUUAAUUAAUGAUCAUUAGACAGUGGAGGUUAAUGUGUGGAUUGGCUUACUACCCCAUUCCAUUGUUAAGCAUUAUUGAAUUUGAACCCUUUGAUACUGAAUGUAAACAUUUGCAGACUAUGCAUGAAAAAAGUUUGGUCCAUCUGUUUGAGAAUCUAUCAAGAUCUUGCAGUUUGCACCAAUUGUAUA